AUGGCUUCGGAGUCUCUCAGCCCAGCCCCAGCGUCCGAAUCGGUCUCAAUCCCAGAGUCUGGGGCCAAGUCAACUGCAUCUGCUCUACUCCAUACGCAUGUAUUUGUUACCGUAGGCUCGACUCGCUUCGACUCUCUCGUGCAGACGGUCCUCUCAGUGCAGCUGUUGGAGGCGCUGCGCGCGCGGGGGUACUCAGAACUCGUCGUGCAGUGCGGCGACUCCGAGUUCGACGUGGGCAGCUUCGAACAAGCAGGCAACGAACUGGUGCAGACGAAUAAUGGAGUCAAUGUGCAUGUGUGGAAGUUCAAGCCGUCGCUGCAGGAGGAGUACGAACGAGCCGAUCUAGUCAUCAGCCAUGCCGGCUCGGGCACGAUCCUUGACGUCCUCCGUCUCGGCAAACCUCUUAUCGUCGUGCCAAAUUCUAGGUUGCUGGACAAUCAUCAGCAGGAGCUUGCAUCGGCCCUUCAGUCGCUCGGCCACCUGCAGGCGACCACUACCGCCGAUCUACCACAAGCUAUCGAAACGUUGGACGUCUCCAGCUUUGUGCCAUUCCCGCAAUUCAACGGAAGCAGAUUUCGUGAGCUGUUAGAUGAGGAGAUGGGCUAUGACGCCAGCGACACGGAGGGCUAA